AUGCGCCACCACGAAAUAUUGCAUCCUUGGCACAAAACCAGUCGUGACGUGCCACCCUGCAUUACACAAAAAGACGCAACGCCACAAAAGCGCCAAAGAAGCGCCGCAUCGCGGCCAAGGGUCCCCUUCUUUCCCACCCAGGCAAAGCCAGGUUCAGCCCUCCGCACCCUCUUGCAGCAAAACAAGCGCCGUGUGGCACCGAUUGAAGCUCCACGAAACAUGCACAGCCAAACGCUUCAGAACUACGUAAACAACAGGCCGAGUCAACUAGCCCAGCCAACCAAACAACCUUACCUCGGGUUUCUUUUAAAAAAUUCUUGCUAG